CUAGAAGCAGCACCAAGGAUGAAAAGGUGUCUGUUCUCUACUCUGCUCCUACUGUGCAUGAUGAGCUUCAGCUCCAGGAGCUGGGCAUGGACCGCGCCUGACUGCACCAUAGGAGACGCAUCCCUGUUGUCUAACCUCUCUUACUACGUCCCUUUCUGUCCUUUGGUCCCAGGACUGCACCUUUUUGCAUCAUGCUCCAGUGUGAAAGACCUGCCUCAGACCCUGACUUCCGUGCCUCGGGAUAUAGAAGCACUUUGUCUACAGGGCACAAUUCCUAUCCUGCCGGAUGAUGCCUUUGGCCUCUUCCCUUCUCUACAACUGCUGAGGCUGCAGCUGGGGACCACCAAGGUUGCAUCUGGGGCAUUUCAAGGGUUGCACCAGCUCCAGCACCUCUCCUUUGAGCAUCAUGCUCCCUGUUGUUUGAAUCUGUUUCUCCCUCAAGAUACCCUGGAGUCCCUCGGAUUUCUCAACAGCAUUUCAUUUCAAGGCUACUGCUUGAAUUACAGCCAGAGCAUCCGGUUACCAAUCAGCCUUACUCAUCUGACCCUGAAGCACAGCUGCCUGACAGAGCUGCAGGAGCUGCAAAAGCUCUUCCCAAACCUUGGCUCUGGUUUCUCUCCUACACAUAGCCCCAGACCAUGGUCUGCCUUCCUGGAAGUCCUGGAUCUGUCUUCCAACCUGCACCUGAGUCAGGUGGGUGUCGGAGCCUUGAAAGGCCUCCAUCUCCGCUCCCUGAGAUUGGAUGGCACUCCACUAAACACAUCAGGCUUACUGGACUCAGGAUUGCUCCACCUGGACUCCCUCUCCCUUGUUCAUACAGGUGUAAACAAACUGCCUGGGAACGUGACAGGCUACUUUGAACUUCGCGCUCUUGACCUGGGGAGGAACCAAAUCCAGAACAUAAAGGAUGAGGAACUCCCAAGCCUGCACUCCCUGGAAGUCAUCAGUCUUUAUGCCAACAGCCUGCAGUUCCUUCCUCCUGGCUUCUUCAGUGCCCUUCCCCAGCUUCAGAGGCUCAACCUUUCCAUGAAUAAACUGGGUCCAACCCUGGUGCUUCCGCAGGGAUUGAGCUCAACCCUCAAAGUGUUAGAUCUGUCCCAUAAUGAGCUCUGUACCCUACCCCAUGGGGCAUUCUCCUCUCUUCCUCAACUCCAGGAGCUCUGGCUGAGUGGUAACAACAUCUCCAACUUAUCCAGUGAGAACCUGGAGGGACUGAGAUGGCUCAAGUCCCUAGAUCUGAGUUGGAACCAAAUUAAGGUGCUCAAGCCAGGCUGGCUCUCCUCUCUUCCUGCCCUAACUUCAUUGAAUAUUCUGGGCACCUAUUUAGAGACCAUCUCAGGCAGGCAUCUCCAGGGUCCCCACAAGCUGAGCCAUCUGCAGCUGGGUUCUGUGGCUGCGCUAGAUAUCUACCCUCCCUGGCCUCCAGAGCUGCUCAGCUUGGAGGUAUGGACACAACCCAGUGUAUUUUUUCAUGUCGCAAAUGGAGAACCCUUCUUAUUCUUGGAGAACCUCACCUUGCAGUCUUCCAAUGUGGUGCUAGUUCCAUUCAAUGCCACAAUCCAUUUCCCAUCUCUACGGCACCUCACUUUGCGAGGCUGCAGCCCCUUCAUUUUCUCAAGCCGUGGUUCCAGAUUCUUCCCACAGCUUCCUCUCCUGGAGCACUUGCACUUCUGGUCUGGUCAUGAGGAUGCCAAAAACUUGCAUCUGUCAGUAACGCCCAAGCUGCGAGUGCUGGAGUUGGGGGACAUGGACUUCUUCUAUAACUUAGGUUCAGUGACACUGGAGGAGGUACUGAAGGAAGUACCUCAGUUACAAGUGUUGGCAUUGAGCCACCUGAACCUUGGGAACCUCUCCAUCUCCACCUUCAGGGGACUGGGUCUCCUUCGGCUGCUGUUGCUCAACUCUGAAUGGGACCUGGGGUUGGACAGCAGCCUCCAGGAGAUGAUCCCCCAAAUGCCUCAAUAUGUUUAUUUCUCUAAUGUCACCUUCAUAUGCCAGUGUGAAAGCUCUUGGGUGGGGCCUUGGGCAACAGGUGCCCCGAACACCUUUGUGUAUGGGUUGGGGGACUCCAUCUGCAUGGCUAAUGCCUCUGACUAUUCCAAGACUCCCCUGCUUUCCUUCCUUUCUAGUCGCUGUGCACAUGAUCUGAAUUUCCAAGGUUUUCUCAUUAGCUUCAUUCUGGUGCUCCUGCUGAUGAUCUCUGCACUGCUUGGCUGCCCCAAAUGGCCCUGGCUUCACCAGCUCCGGAACCUAUUUCAUACCUGGUGGUGGAAAUUGUGUGGGCGGGGCCCCAGAAGCCCAUUCCUCUAUGAUGUCUUCAUAUCCUAUUGUGAGCAAGACCAAGCCUGGGUAUUGGACAAACUGGUUCCUACCCUGGAGAAGCCUCCUCCGGCUGGUGAGGGCUUGAGGCUCUGCCUGCCUGAGAGGGACUUUGGGAUUGGUCAGGACAGGAUGGAUGCUACAGCUGCCAGCAUGGAGAGCAGCAGAACCACCCUCUGUGUGCUCAGCUGUCAAGCGCUGAGAAGUCCCUGGUGCAACCUGGAGUUAAGGCUCGCCACCUACCAUUUGGUGGCCAGGCCUGGGGCUGUUCGCCUCAUGCUGCUGUUUCUGGAGCCCAUUGAUCGACGACAGUUACACAGCUACCACCGCCUUACCCGCUGGCUCCAGAAGGAAGAUUAUUUUGAUGUGCCUCAAGCGGGGGUGCAGUGGGAUGAUUUCUGUGAGCGACUUCGGAAAAGACUAAAGAGAGCUGAACAAGAACGAGAAGAUUGCGUGCUGUGA